GGUGUGUCUACUGCUGAGAGAGGUACAAACAGGUUGAACAGGUUGUUCCCUACGCGAGCGCUGAAUCACUCAAGUCGAAUCACUCACUGAAGAUAUUUGUCGCCCGUGCACCUGUUCUCACCUGAGACAGCCUGGCAAUAAGGUAGAUCCAAGAGGAAGAAAUGGGACUGCACCUGCAAAUCACAAUACACCUGUUACUGCUUGUGCACACUUUUAACCUGGCCUCGCUUCAACAGUCAACACAAUCUCCGAAGCCCACAAUUGAUAGCAGCUGGUUGCGUGGGCAGAUCUUUAACGCAACAGAUCCUCCAAGGCACACGAUUGAUAAAAGCUGGUUGCGUGAGGAGAUCGUUAACGCAACAGAUCCUCCAAGGCACACAAUUGAUAAAAGCUGGUUGCGUGAGCAGAACUCUGACGCUGAAGAGGAAGGACAAAACGAACCGCCAGGUGACGGGUCUCCUACGGAAUUGAGCAACGAUUUAGGUGCUGUUGUGCCUAAUGACGGUGAUCAUGUGGACAGUCGAGAGCAGGGUGAAAAUAAGACAUCAGAUGAUCAGUCGGUUGCCAUAACGACCAAGCCUCCCACAUCCCCAAAGGCCAGCCAAGACCAACCUGAGCUGACGAAUAGAACUGGCAACUUCACAAACGGAGAAUCAAGCCAAACCAACAUCACCGGAAAUGAGGAGUUAGAUAACUCAACCACACCCCCUAUGACCUCACCCAGUGAUCCAAUCAAAGGCAACUCCACCACCGUUCCGGAUUUUCCCAAUCCCACUCUUGUGAAUACUACUACCUUGUCACCCGGGAUAAUUAAUCCAAAUGAAAACAUGACAACAGUAAAUAACACAGAGUCAACCAACACAACGGAAUCUUCGACCACAACUGUGACAACCACCACGACAACCAAGAUUAACAAAACAUCUGCAAAACCUUCAUCCACGGAAGUGUUGCCUCCUGAUCCCACCGAAUUCUUUCCUGAGGUGACAACAACCGUUGCUCCAGAAACACCUGCAGCCAACCUGGAUGAUAAACAGGCAUCAAGUGGGGGCAGCUCAGAAAGAGGUUUUGCAUCAGAGGCGAGCAAACGGCGCGAAGCGUGGGGCGCCGUGUUGGGAACAGCUGUGGUCGUGUCCGUUGUGGGAUUGGUGGCGUACGUCGUCUUGAAAAGGAAACACCAGAAAGGUUUCUCGCACAGGAAACUGGUGGAGGUGUUCCCCACUGAACCAGUUCUCAGACUGGACACCAGCGAGCCUUUGGAUCUGAACUACGGUGGCUCGGCUUAUUACAACCCAGGACUUCAAGGGGACAGCAUUCAAAUGAGCAACUUCCCAAGACACAAGCCUCAGUAGAAGGACUCACGGAUCACUCUUGGAAAAAAGAACAUUCCAUGUGGAGUUUUGUCAAUACGACUUUUUGUGGGAGAAAUUUACAGAUGAGUUAGUUGCUUGAAGGUUUGCCGCGUAAAACUCUACUAAAUAGAAUGUUUUAGUAGCCAACAUCUGCCCGUCUUUUAUACGUUUUUUCCAAAGAUAAUGCAAUGCAUUGUCAUACUAUCAAACUGUUAUUAAUACAUUAGCCACUCCGUGACUUCGCAGGAUUCUUUUGAAAGUUGCGGCAAAAGUUGCGUUAUUUUUUCUUCCAAUAACAUUGAAUCGACUUUUAGGAAUUUGCAAUUAUUUUUUCAAGUGUUCCUUGUAACCUUAACCUCAAAAAGCAGAAAAAAAUACUGUGUUGAUGUUUUACUCGUUUUACACGGCAGAGACAUACAACUAGAACAUAGGAGCACAUAUUCAGCGCUAAAUGUCAAAUGACUGUACUGCUUUAAUUCAAACAGAGCUUAAUGCCAAAUGACUGUACUGCUUUAAUUCAUUAUAACUAAUUAAUUAUAUUUAGAGAAUGAAAUACCACCAAAGGAAGCAAAAGGUGAACACAUUCUCCAUGUUAAUUUUACGCUUGAAAAGUGUCCAUCUUAAACAAUUAUUUACGUUCCAACUAAUUUAUUACCCCCGCAUGUCAAGAGCAUUUAUAUACUGUUGAAAGCGAUUUUUGCUGGUUAAAAUGAGAGACUAUUGUCACACUUCAACACAUCUGUCAUGUAAACGCCGCCUUUUUGCUAGUUCAACCGUUGCAAACGAAAAAUCGGUGAUCGAUAAUAUCAUCAAAAGGUUCAGAGAAUCUGGAGAAAUCACUGCACGUAAGCAGCAAGGCUGAAAAACAACAUUUAAUGUCCGUGGCGUUCGAAACC